AUAAAAAAAAAAAAAAAAAAUCGAUCGAAUCGAAAUAUUAUAUUUAGUUGAAUCUUUAAAUAUGAAUUUUAUUUAAUUAUUAUAUUUUCAAUGUAUUACAGUCGCCAUUUAUAAAUUAUCAGAGUGAAAAUGUCAAAAACAACAAAACGUAAACAUGUUGUGAAGGAGGUGGAAGACUUAAGUAUCCCAACAAAAUCUCAAUCUAUCGUCAAAGUUGUCGAAUCGCGCGGCAAUAAUCUCCAUGAGAUUGUAAACUCAGUUGGUGAACAAUAUCUUGUAUCAAUGCCAGUGAAGUUUAGACGACACAUUUGGAUAAAAAGGGGAGACUUCGUAUUAGUUGAACCCAUUGCCGAAGGCGAUAAGGUCAAAGCAGAGAUAGUUAAGAUAUUAACACGAGAACAUAUAAAGUGGUACCAUGUACAAAAAUGUUGGCCAUUGGAAUUUGACGAAGUCUUGAAUAAAAAGGAAUCUAAAAAAACGAUAAAAGAUAAUAGUGAUGAAGAAGAAGAUAAAGAAGAGGAAGAACUUUUUGUAAAUACAAAUAGGAUAACUUAUGUUUCUGAUAGAUCAAGUGAUUCGGACACAAGUUCUAAUGAAUCCGACUAGUAAUUAAUAUAAGGUAUUUUGUAAGACUUUAUAAAAAAGUUGUAUAUAAAUUGAAUUUAUUGUCGUGUCC